GCUCAGGUUCAACCAAUAGUGGGUACAAUUCCGGUUAGUACCAUCACUGAUGAUGAUGUGCGGGCUCAUGUCGAGCCAACUGUCGAUACACUUAAGAUUGGUGCUCUCCAGGUUCCUGUUCGGGAUCGAUGGCAGACGAAUACCCUGGUGUACUCUCGGCGGCAACCACAAGUGCAGGGGGAGCAGCAAGGCAGUGAGGCAAGAGUGCAGGGGGAGCAGCAAGGCAGUGAGGCAAGCUCAUCUGACACAGUGGAGCUGCCCAUUGCGUUGCGAAAACCUACACGUGAAGCGGCAAGGAAGGGUGAGGUAGCAAGGAAGGCUCUGCCAAAGGAUGAUGCUUGUGAUGACCUUGAUAUUGGCAAUUUUGUGUCUUACAAGGCUUUGUCACCUUCAUAUAAGGCGUUUGUUGCCUCUCUGCAAACUGUGUCUAUCCCUAGGGAUUGGAAGGCUGCAAAGCAAGAUCCAAAGUGGCGUGAAUCGAUGAUAGAGGAGUUAGAAGCAUUGAAAAAAAAACAAGACAUGGGUGCUAACCACAUUGCCGGCAGGAAAGAAAGCAGUGAGUUGUAAGUGGAUUUUUACUGUGAAGCAGAAUCCUGAGGGCAAGGUGGAACGGUAUAAGGCUAGAUUGGUUGCCAGAGGAUAUAGUCAAACUUAUGGAAUUGACUAUGAUGAGACAUUUGCUCCAGUUACAAAGAUGAACACGGUACGGGUAUUGGUCUCGUGUGCUGCAAACUUUGGGUGGAAAUUGCACCAGUUAGAUGUCAAGAAUGCCUUCUUACAUGGUGACUUGAAAGAAGAGGUAUACAUGGAGAUACCGCCAGGUUUUGGCACAGAACAGACUACGGGGAAGGUAUGCAGGCUGAAGAAAUCCUUGUAUGGUCUGAAGCAAUCGCCGAGGGCAUGGUUUGAUAGGUUCAGACGAGCUGUUUGGAAUAUGGGGUAUGGCCAAUGUAAUGGUGACCACACGGUGUUUUAUAGACACACUAAUAAGAAGAUCACCAUUGUUGCAGUGUAUGUUGAUGAUAUCAUCAUCACUGGAGAUGAUGAGGAGGAAAUAAAGAGAGUGAAGGGGUGUCUGAGCAAGGAGUUUGAGGUAAAAGACUUAGGAAAUCUAAAGUACUUCCUUGGCAUAGAAGUGGCCCGGACAGAGAAGGGAAUAUCUUUGUGCCAACGAAAAUACACCUUGGAUCUUUUGAGUGACAUGGGCAUGAUGGGAUGUCGUGCAGCCCCUACUCCAAUUGAACAAAAUCAUCAAGUAACAGCACAAUCAGGUGAGCUAGUGAAUAAGGAAGAUUAUCAAAAGCUGGUUGGGAGGUUAUUGUACUUGUGUCAUACUAGGCCUGACAUUACGUAUGCCGUGGGGGUGGUGAGCAGAUACAUGCAUGAACCAAGGAGAGGGCAUCUUGAUAUUGUUCACAGAAUCCUGAGAUACUUGAAGGGGACUCCGGGUAAAGGGUUGUGGUUUGCGAAGAGUGGACAUCUUGAGGUGGAUGGCUAUAGUGACUCUGAUUGGGCUAGCUGUCAAGAUGAUAGACGAUCAACUUCAGGUUACUGUGUGUUUGUGGGAGGAAAUUUGGUGUCAUGGAGAAGCAAGAAACAGAAUGUUGUGUCUAGAUCAACAGCAGAAGCUGAAUAUAGAGCAUUAUCUCAAGGGUUGUGUGAUAUGCUCUGGGUGAAGCACCUACUAUGCGAGUUGAAACUCUUGAGGAAGGGACCCUUAAGGGUGUGGUGUGACAAUCAGUCAGCUAUAGCCAUUGCUAAUAACCCAGUUCAACAUGAUAGGACGAAGCAUGUGGAAAUUGAUCGCUUCUUCAUUAAAGAGAAACUUGAUGCUGGGAUCAUCAGCCUUACUCAUGUCAGCUCUGGGCAGCAGUUUGCAGAUUGCUUGACAAAGGGACUGGGAACAAAGGACUGUAACUUGGCGUGUGACAAGAUGGGGAUGAUAGAUAUCUACCACCCAUCUUGAGGGGGAGUGUUGAACCGGUAUGGGCCCUAGCCCAUCAAGAUCUGUCUCUUGGGCCCAAGCCCAUGAGAGGUGCUGACCUAGAAGAGGAGCCCCUCUUCCCCCUGCCCCAGUGUGAGC